AUGGCCGUCGGUGCUGGAAUGGCACUCUGUUUUCUUCUGACAUCCUCUGACUGGGGGGGGAAACCUAAUGGUACCUUUCCCGAGACGUGUCCAUUUAAUAAUUUGGACCAAACAAAUACUGUCUAAUUAUCAUCAGCAUUGAAUAAAUGACCUUUGGAGGCAUAUAUAGUUUUGUUGUCUAGGGUCACAGUUAAGGCUAUGUCCAUAGGAUUACAUUCCAAGGAAGCUGGCAAUUUUAUAGCUUGUGUGUAAUUACCAAAGAGGCCAUGAAUGAUGGAUAUACUAUUAGAGAUUUUGAUGAUUGAUUUGACGAGAUGAAUGCUAUGUGAAGCCUCAAGUGCCAUUAGACUUUCUUUUAUGGGCGUAGUGUGGGUGAAUGAUGACUGGAGUUUGAUUUCUAUGUGACAUAGGUUGUAUGCUUCCUAGAACAAGACAACCAUUCCAAAGCCCUGUUUACAAUGUAUUUGUUUUUGCCAUGGGUAGAGAAGAUGUUGAUGUUCAGUAUAAAGACAUAGCUUUGCAUGGUAGGAUUGUGUGAACUCGUAUGAUUCCUAUGUACAGUUUGGUUUUAAUUUUAGAUCCUUAUUGUUCAUUAAAAAUUUUUGUAAAACGAAACCACAAUGCACUCAUUUCAUCAGCAUAUGUGUAUCUUUAUAGUGCAAAUAAUAUGGCAAAACUGUCCAAAUAUAAAAUCAUUUUCUCUAUAACUCCCCCCCCCCCUUUCCCCCAGUGUCCUACUUGUGUCUAUAAAGCAUGCAGUGCAGUAGCAUCAUUAAGUGUUCUCAUGCUGUUCAAGGCCUUUGCUGGGCACUAUGAAAGCCCUGUCACAUGGACAGACUGGUUGGUGGGCCUAUCUCCAGCCCCGUGCUCCUCCUGUCCUGAUUUUAUACCUCUAACUUUUGUCCUUUACAUAAUAGAAACGUCCAAAACCUACUAACUAGCUAAUGUUAACUACAUUCAUUUUAUAAAUAAAUGGCAGCUGGGAUUUCUUCAUUCUUGAGUGCACUUUCCAAUUCACUGAUCAUGAUCUGGUACCAGCUAUAUUCUGAUUGGCAGAAAAUACUUUCUGCCAAUCAGAGAGCACAGCAUUUAUUUUAUAUGGGUUACUAUCUAUUUUUUUUAUUUUUUUUUCCUCUCUUUGUUCCUUUACUCACUGCAAUAGUUUUCUAAAAGGAGGGAAAAUCCCAGAACUUGUAUACAUGCGUUUUAAAACUUAAUUCCUUGUGCUAUUUCAUAGGUAAACCAUACGUAUUAAAUCAUUACUGACCUUUUAAAGAAUUUUCUGUCUGAUUAAGUAGUGGAAACAUUCUCAUGCGAAUUCCAGAGUUAUUAUCGGGGAGAAACUUGUGGGAUUCCAACAGAAUGUAUGGAAGGCAUGUUCGGUGAUUUAGCAAAAAUGUAGCAAUUGCUUCUGCAUAUCUUGCAAUUCUAAGUUAUUUCUAUGUAGUACAAAUGAGUCCAGUGAUAAUACCUAAAAUGCGUUCAUAACUAGGCACAAACUAAUGUUUAUACUGGAUUUUUUUUUUUUUUAAUGAGGUUUAAAACAAAUCUAAAUUAAUUUCUGAAGUCAAGACUGAGUGAAACCCAUAUAAGAAGAUACCCCUUUGCCACAGCCGUGGGAACAGACAAUAUUUUUGCUAGCCUCUCAUUUUACCUUAAGACAAAGUAGUUCCUGCGUUGUCUUUUAUCUACUGAUUGCUUUUGAAUUUCAGUGACAUUCUGACAGUCGACAUGAGUAUUUCCUAACAAUUUUAUUGUUGCGAAAUACUGAGUGUCAAAGCCACUUUCAUUAUCUUUUUACCAGCAUAAUGAUUUUAUUUUAUUUGUUUAAAUGCCUUUGUUUAGUUACUUUUCUAUACUGGAUUUAUAGCAUUCUUUAUUUUAAAUUUGUUGAGUUUAUGCAGAGGCUAAGAUGCCAAUUUUCCUUAUAUGCUACAAGUAGUUGGAUGAUUGGAAUUGUAGUCGGUAAACAACUACAUUUCUGAGGGUGUGUUUAAAUCUAAACCUUCCCUUUCCAUAAAGGAUCAACCAUGAGGUUCACACCCUGCCUUCUGGCAAUAUAAAGGAUAACCCAUAAAAUAGGAAGGAUUUUGAAGCUGUGUCAAAGCCCUGUUUUAUCCCCUCCUGCAGUGCAUGUGUGUUCUUGUGCAAUCUCUGUGUUAAGGUACAGAAUGGUACGUUUACAGGAGACGUCUGGAAGUUAUUGGAAAGGCCUUUGUUGUGAAAUAAUUUUGUAGAGAAGUCAACCGUAUUUCCGAAGCUUGGACACAGUGUUUCCUUAAAUCUGCAACUUUUGAAAGGGCAUUCAGCCCACUUACUUCAAAUUCAGGCUGGUGUAGGCGACAGAUUAAAUUAUCAAGAUGCUUGAGCUGUUCAGCGUCGGUAACAAAGCUGCUCUUUGCAAGUUGUUUUCUUGACAGAGGUGUUGAUGGGUGAUGCACACCGGGCAAUGCUGUACCCCUCUUUGCAAUAUGGGUGGCUUACUCCUAUAUCUUCCUUUAGUGAACCACAUCUAUAAAAUAAAGUAUUGUAUCAAUAUGCUGGUUGCACACUUUUUCGAUUUCAUAGAUGUAGGAAUUUGCACUGAUCCAGAUGCAGAGAUAGUUCCAUCCAAUACUUACUAGAGGAAUAACAAGCAUGUCUGUAAAAUGCUGAGCUGGCACAAGCCACAAGUCUCUGUGUAGCUUGCUUACGGUUGUGUAUUAUUGCUACGAAGACAAGCCAAAGUAUGCAUUGCUGGUUAAUAUUUCUUUCCUUUUUUUUUAAAGAUAUAUGGAACGCUCCAGUGUUAAAUCAUAAUAAAUACAUUUUAAUUUUAAAGCUGACAAGUCUACUAAAAUACCCUUUUUUUCCAUUGGUAAAGCAGUCUUCUCCUGCUGCUCUCCUCUUAACCAGGUUUUUUUAGUUAAGCAUUGGAGUCCUUUGGUAAAUGCCAAGCAAUUUAGGCGCUACUAGAAGAAUGCACCUCAUAUGGAAGCAUUGAGUCCAAUGCUCCUUUAUGAAAAGCCCUCUUUUACGCUUUGAGUGAGCACUUAACGUGAAUAGGGAGGAGCACCCUCCUGGAUUAUCAAACUCACAUUUUAAGAACAUCUAGUUGCUCCUUUAAAGAAGAUCUCCAGUGCCUCUUCUAAAGUUUUGUGACUGGUGAUAACUUCUCAGAUAUAGGUAUUUCAUUCUGGAUAUAUGCAGCCAGACUCCAUCAGUGCUACUCCUACUUAGUACUAUGUUGGCUGAAUGGACAAAUGUCUGCAUAUUUGGCCAAAAAUGUAUUGAUCUAAAAAGGAAUGCCCAGGUCUAAAUUGCUGUCUAAAUUUGAAUAGCCAUGUAUUGAAAAUAUGUAAGUGAAGUGUCACUCUACCUCCAGCAGCAUCAUUAGGUUGUCCUUAGUCAGCCUGGAGACCCAGGCUGGCUAAAGUCAACAAUGUUUGUAUUCCUAUGCACAUUCUAUGGUUUAGAGUGGUCAGCUGACGCUCUCUGCCAAUGAAUGGUCGUCAGUUUAACUUUAAGCUCCUGAAGAUCUGUAGAAACUGGAUGCUGUCACUGGCCACUGGACGACAUUCUGUGCUUGGUAUGAACCCAGGUAAGAGGGCAAAACGAUUUGCCCCUUUACUGGGAAACAAAGCCAGAGUACUCCUGGCAUCAUAACCAGUAUCAUGGGCUGUAGUGCUUAUGAUGCCUGGAGUAACACUUUAUUUUUAAACCCUGUUACACCAUUAAAGUGUUUUAAAAGGGACUUGAGAGACCUCACUUACAGAGACGAUACAUAAAAAGUGAAAAUGCAUAAUGAAAAAUUUAAUGCAGGUCGGUUUAAAUUAGGAUAACCUUAAAGGACCACUAUAGUGCCAGGAAAACAUACUUGUUUUCCUGGCACUAUAGUGCCCUGAGGGUGCCCCCACCCUCAGGGUGCCCCUCCCGCUGGCCUGGAUGGAGAGGAAGGGGUUAAACUUACCUCUUUCUCCAGCGUCGGGCGUGGAGCUCUCCUCCUCCUCUCCUCCCUCUUCUUCCGUCACCGGCUGAAUGCGCAUUCGCGGUACGAGCCGCGCGCAUUCAGCCAGUCCAUAGGAACGCAUUCUCAGCGCGGAAGCCCUCUAGUGAGACAGCCACUAGAGGCUGGAUUAACCCUAAAGUAAACAUAGCAGUUUCUCUGAAACUGUUAUGUUUUAUUAAAAAAAGAAAAGGGAAAAAAAAAAAAAAGGGCUUAAACCUAGCAGGACCUGGCACCCAGACCACUUCAUUAAGCUGAAGUGGUCUGGGUGCCUAUAGUGGUCCUUUAACAAUGCAUUGGAUAUUGUAUGUUCAAACAGUUGUUUCCCCUUUUUCAUACUAGUGUUGCAUUGCACAGGCAGUAAAUUAUUUAUUUGUUUUACUUUGUGCAUAGGUACUGUGAUUUUCCAAAACUUAAUGUAAAUGUGUACACAACCCCCAUUUACACCAUGCUCUGGAUAUUUAUUAUUUUCUAUUAUGAUGAUGAAUUUGUUUAUAAUUUAAAACCUACUAUUGGAAAGAUUUAUUUGAGUUUUCUUUAAUAUAAAGGAACACUACAACCCCAUAUCUACUACAGGAUGCUAAAAGCUAAAAUAUCGUGCUUAGCUCAGACAGAGAUGUUCCAGCUCUCUGACGAAAGUAGUGGAGGCAGGGCAACGCCUGACAGACCCAAGUAAGAAGCCAAACCCUCUUAAAAUGGCUUGCUUAAUUAAAAUAGGUGGGUGCAAGGUAUGCCUACCACUAUAACCACUACAACGAACUCUAGUGCAUUUGGGGAUUGUUCUUGGCACACAAACAAAAUGCUCUUUUGGUUGUUUGGUGUGUGUGUGUGUGUGUGUUGUUUUUUUUUUUGUUGUUUUUUUACUCUUCUAGCCUAGAAACAGUUUUAUUUUGAAUCACACUUUAAAAUGUUUGCAGUUGGAUUGUUUAUCUCCACAAUUUGCUGUUUUGUUGGUACUGCUGUCUUACCUAUAUCACAAUAGUUCAGUCUGUAGAUAUUGCAGGACCAGUUACUUGAAGGAGAGAGGCAAAGCUUCUGUGUUCUGAAACAUAUUUGGAAACAUGUAAUUACACCCGUCUAGGUGCAAUUAGGGCUAUAUUUACUUGCAUAUUAUAACUAGGAGGUUUGCUUCCCUUAGAGGCAUUAGUAGGCCUCCUGAUGUCCUUGUUGUUGGUAACAAAUGCACGCAGACUCAGUCCAGAGAACUUGUUUGUUCCUUGUGCAGUGCUUGCUGAAAAGAUCAAUAUCCAGUACUUUGCAACAACUGUUCCGAAUCCUGCUAUAUUAUUGAACAUGAACAUAUACCCACAUAGAAAAAUUAUGGAAAAUAACGCAGUUCUGGUAACCAAAUUAUUUAAGGGAAACUCCAGGGUUAUGUUCCAUUAUCAAAAAAAGGCAUAUCAAUAUUGUUCUUUGUUGAAGAUCAACACAAUCACUAAAGUCAAAAUUGGCCAGUUGUGUGUGUGUGUUUGUUGGUUGUUUUUUUUUUUUGGGGGGGGGGGGGGGGGUUCUGUGUUUUCCCUCCCAGGGGAAACAUAAACCUUGCAUGUAAUUUGACACUUCUGAGUAGUUUCAUUCAUGAAAAUAUAAAUACAACUUCUAGGCCAGUUAAAGGAACACUCCAAAGUGCUUUAUGGGUUACCAGAGUGUCUCCUCUUUCUGAUGUUUUAAAAGUGCUAAGUUUCUUUUGAAAUCAACAUGUUUAUUAAGUUGCUGGGUUGUACUAUUGGGCUGUCAAUCAGGAAACCAAGAGGGAACUCUUUCUGAUUGCUUUGUGCGGCCAAACAUGGCAGAAGGCCAUGCAUUCCAAUGUGCUUCUGUGAGAAACAUUCGCUUGGCUGAGAGAUCAUCAAUACUGGUCUCCCAGAGGUGGGAUAGUGUCUCGUCACUGGAUUGCAGGUAGAGUAACCCUUUAUUUAGUAACUAGAUUCACUCUUUUUUAAACCAUUUUAAAUUAUUUGUCAUAAUGGCACCUUCCUUUAACCCCUUAAGGACCAAACCUCUGGAAUAAAAGGGAAUCAUGACAUGUCACACAUGUCAUGUGUCCUAAGGGGUUAAUAGCAGCUGCCAUAUAUCUUAUUAUGUUCUUUUUUUUUUUUUUUUUUAUUUACUUUUCAUGAAUAAAGCUACUUGGAGUUGCAUGUGUGUGUGGUUUCUGUAAUUGUAUUGCUUGCCCACCCUGCAUGCUGUGCUCUUACAUGUUGCACAAGUUUUUAUAUGUUCUGAGGAAACCUAACUUCCCCUGUUAAGUGUCAUUGGAGAACUGGGCAGAGAUUUUAGCCGUUAGAUGCAAUUGUAAUAAAUAGAAUUGGAAGGGGCCAGGGUUGAAAACUUCUUGCAUCAUAAACUUUGCAAGGAACAUAGGUAUUUUGGUGCUUGGAGUGUCCUUUUUAAAGACAACAAAGUUCUGUUACACUAUUCAAUGGUGUGUAAAAUAAGUGUUCCUUGAUAUCAUUGGAAUGUUUUGUUUUUUAUUGAUCAUUGGGUCAUAGAAUUAUUUAUCAUAGUGUUUUUUUAAUAAUGCAUUCUCUGUAAGAACGAAUUGUACCGGCACCCCUCACAGUAAGAAGUAAUUUGUAUCUGGGCUCAGUCAGUGACACUUCUCACUCCCAAUACAGCAGAUAGAAAUUAAACCGUGCACUCAAACUCCCACUACUCUUGGGUGCCAGCAAUGAUUAUAUUAGCCAUAUAUUAGCCAUCAGCCCCAAUACAUACAAUAAAAAGAUUACAUGUGCACUGUCCUAAAUCCCUAUUUUACACGCACACACAUUUUACAGCAGACCGAAAGCUUGAAGCAAUGCAGCAGGGUAUGGAGGGUCAUCUAUGUGUUCUUUUAAGGGAACCAGUGUAUCUGUUUUACUUUUGCAUGUUUGUUUUUUUUAUAUGGUGCGAGAGGUGUUGUUUUUUUAUUUUAUAAUUUAAGUGAAUUGCAGCAGGGUAUAAAUGUUAAUACAUUUGAGGAAAAUUAAAUAAAGGAGCUAUUAAAGAAUAACAUUCAGUAAAUCUCUUCCCUGGUAUCAAGAAUUAUUACUUUUUGAUUUUUAUUCUUCUAAUAUAUUUAGAAAUGUGUGUGAUUACUUGGCUGUUGUACAGUGAGGAGUUAAAUGUACUUUCUUCUGGGUUAUUUUUUUUUUUUUUUUUAUCAAUAAAUAUGAACUAUGUUGACAUUCAGGGAAAAUCUGGAUCCGCCUUAUUUCUGGUUAGUUAUCUUGUAACUUUCUGUUCUUCCCAUAGCAAACUUGACUGGACAUGCAGAAAAAGUAGGAAUCGAAAACUUUGAACUCUUGAAGGUCCUUGGAACAGGAGGUAAGAUUAUAUUCUAUAUGCUUUCAAAAGAAUCCAUACGUCCUGUGGGAUUAUGGUGUAUAUGCACAUACGUGAUAUACAUUUAAGCACAUAUGCACAUACUGUGCACAUUUGCCUACAUAUAAAUGCAAAAACUGUGCACAACAAAACUUUUUUUAAACAGACACAAUAUUGAUAUACAUGGUGCAGGCAAAGUCACUGCUGCCAAAUCCCAUGUCUUUUUUUUUUUGUUUUGUUUUUUUUGUGUGUAGUGUAGACAUAAUAAGAAAGAGACUAUAGUUCCCCCACUAUCCCACAUCACUCUGACAUUUCUCAAAUUCUGGGCUUCAGCCAUCUUCACAUCUCUCCACCCAGUACUAUUUUCUUCUGUAUGUCUUCUUUGCCUUUAUUCAGUGCUUUCUUAAAACUGUGUUCUAAUAAGUGAAAUCUGCUCCAUUUUUUACACCAUUCCCUGUCAGGGUUAAUGUGUUUUUAAAAGACCCUGUUUCCCUGUAAAUAAGACAUCCCCUGAAAAGAAACCUUUGCUUAUUUUCAGGGGAUGUUUGUAAUAUAAGCCCUACCUCAAAAAUAAGCCCUAGUUGCUAGUUUGCUAAUCUAUGUUCGGGGAAUUUUCCCCGAAAAUAGAUUCGCCGGACUCCAUUCACAAGUAAGCUAAUCUAUGUUCGGGGAAGUGUCCCUGAACAUAGAUUUGCGGGAUUCCAUCCCCUAGUGAACUGGUCUAUGUUCCCUGAAAUAAUACAUCCCAUGAAAAUAAGACCUAUUUUCCAGAAUGCAUUCAUCCUCCUCCUUUUAAUUGGUUGGUGAGUGGUUUUGUUUUGUUUUGUUUUUUUUCCUCUUCUUCAAUAUGUAUGACAUUUGGGUUUAGAGUUAAACAUAUUUUAUAAUGUAUAAUCUAUCCCUACCAAUGAGUACUAUGGCAUUCAUUCAGCUCUGUUUUCAAGAAUGUGGUUAAAACAAAAAGUUGCAACCAUGUAUUUACCAACUAAACACUAGCCAAAAUGAGCCAAGUAGAUACUUUCUGUUUUUGAAUAGAUCCUAUUAUUGCAGUGAGAAUCAUUUUAAAACAACUCAUCAAAACUGGACCCGAAUUUCAAUGCUACAAGAACAAAACAAGAAAUAUCACUAGAGUGUAUAUAUAGGGUUGUGUUAAGAUAAAUGGUUGGUGUGCAGGGAAAUGUGAUCACCUAAAUGAUUUUGGCUGAAAUGUGCAUUCUAAUGAUAUCAGCUAAGUUUAACUUAUAUGGAGGUUCAACUGAACGGUAUCCAAAUGGAAGCAGAAAUUGUAUGAAUAAGCAAACUGGUUUUGUUGAAAAUACCAAAUUGUGACAAAUGAAUGGCAUUUGAAAGUUGUCAUUUGGCAUCUUGUUGUAAAGACAGACCGUUUUGCCUGCAGUCAAUACUCUGCCAUAAAGAGAGUUAGAAGCUAGCAAAUGUGAAAAAGUAUAACCGUAUUAUCGUAGUUGAGUUCCAAGCAGGAGAAUGGAAUUCUUGAGCAGAAUAGCAUUUUGUUGCUCGGAGUGAUGCUCUAUUGUAUACUUUUUUUUUACCCUUUUCUAGUUUUUUGAGACUAUUCUGUAUAUAAUACCGGUGACGUUGCAUCCACGCCUCAAGGACAGUUCUUUAAACUCAGAGAAACUGGUUUAGGGUUAAGAUGUGAGGAUUGUCUCAAGAGAACUUAGAAAGAAAAGGUGUGUCCUUGUGGGUAUUGUGUGGAACAAUUACAUAAUGCUGUGGGCGGACUUCCUGCUUUGGCUAUCUGCAGGAGAGGAUGGCAAGCAAAUCGCUCCAUCUCCUGCAAUGUACCCCUGCUGCUAGGGUCUUAAAGUGGAACGAUCACUUUUUUUUAAAUUGAAGAAAAUAACCAAUAACUUUCUUUUAAAUGUAUAUAAAUGAUUUGGCAACAGAUAUUAGUUUGGCCUAGUCCAGGCACAAUAAGGGCACACCUCAUUUUAGGUAGACAAAGUGAAAUGGCAGAGUUUAAAACCGUGAUUGAUAGGGGAUCUAAUAUGGAUAGAGGUAUGGUUCGCAAGAUAAAACGUGAACCAUAUCCUUUACAUUCCACUUGAUCCAUGAUAUAUUGAGUCCUGAGAAUUGUGAAAGUAUCCUAAAGGUCUUCUGUUUAACCCUUGUCCCACCAUCUAGCUGUUACUUUAUUUUGCCCUUAAUUAAUUGGUUAUUACUGAAAAAUUUUUUUUUUUUUUUUUUUUUUUUUUUUUUUUUUUUUUUUUUGUAAUUUUUACAACUGUGGUAGGAUACUUCUGCAUAAAUGCAGAGCAUUGGAAAUGAUAUGCCUGAUGGUGUAUGCUCACUUAGAGCAUUGUUGAUUACUCAAAGGUGUUGGGGAGGUAAGUGUGUUUUCAUCUUACAAUACUCCUCUCUGUUAAACCAUCAAUGGUGUUACUGGGAUAUGAGAUUUUUUUUAACUGCUACUUGCCCUGUGUUCCAGGUAAAGGUGUGCUAUAUAUAAGAGUGAAGGGUCAGGAGACGUUGGGUAGAUCAUAAUCUGGACUAAUUGUAUGUGUUGUUUAAAUGAAAAGUAUAAGGAUUGGAUGUAGUGACAGAAUGGAACAGGUCUGAAGGCAAGUGAGGUGCAAGACAGAACCAGUCCUUUCUCUUUCUGUUGUAUGGGCUCUGCCAUGCAUAACUUCUUACAGUCCUAAAGCUUACUGCUUUCCUAAUAACUGUGUCUGUGCAUUUUUCUAGAAAAUGUGUCAAAUAGCAGAUUUUGUGUUCUGGGUUCAAUUUCAGUGCUGGCAUCUGGAUAACUGAAUGGAAUCUCUAUAGCUAGCAUGUGCUGUCAUCUGCUCAGAGUGCAGACCAUCCUGCGAUGGGAUUCAGGACGGGUUGAUGGAGAACUCUCCGUUCUCAAGAUUUUUAAUAUUCUAUUUACUUAUCCCUUUUAUGAAACAAAUCUAUAUUUAUAUUUUGUGAAAAAUGUGACUGUAGAAAUCCACCUCUCUUUAUUCUACUAUUGGCUCCUUGUCCAUCAUUGUUCUAAGCCGUGGUCCUUCUCACCUGGCACUUAGCAGCAAGCACACAUUUGGGGGAGAUUUGUCAAUGUGUUCUACCCCAAAGUGAUCUAAAGUAUUCAAAGUGUGCCAGUCUCCAUGGAAUUGAACAAAAGCAACAGGCACAUUGCAUUAGGGACUUCCCUCAUCCCCCUUGAUUUAUUUUCACCACUUGUUAGAACUUUCACCGCUUUGAUAACUUUCCCAGUUUCCUUUUUUAUUUUUCUUCCUCAUUUGCAUUGUGUUCCCUGGACAGAACAGAACUGAAUUGUGAUGUGAUUUCCUAAAUCUUUGACAUAUAUUCUAAAGACGUGAACGUUCUCUCUUUAAAUGAACAGUCGGAGUAUCACAACCUCUACAUUUCUUUGAAUGGUUAUAAUGGCUGGAGUGCCCUGGCGCCGUCCCUUGACUCACUGUUAAAACAUUUAUUUAUGGUUUAACCAUGAACUAGGUCCCAUGGGAACUCCCAACAGCUUCUGCUCUGGCUUCUUGUUAACACAUUAUGUUAAGUAGAGCGGCAGUGAAAGGCUGAGAGCGUGCAUUGGCUAAAUGGCUAGCAAUUAUCCUGUUCUUUGUGUUUCUGUCUGUGUUUAUUAUUUUAUGUAGAAAUUAAGAAAUAUGUUUGUUUAAUGACUUUUUAAGCUCUUCAGGUAGUAAAUGCAAUACUGUGCUUGAUGUGAAGAUAUUUUUUUUUUUUUCUCUUUAAGCAACAGGUUCUUUAUUUAUUUUUAACAUUAAUAUUGUUUUUUUACUUUUUAUUGACAAGCCGACAAGUAUAUGUUGUUGCGUUGUGUACAUAUUGCUGUAAACUUAACAUUAUAUAUUGUUAUUAACACUUAUACAGUACCUUUCAACCAUAUCUGUAAAUAUGCACAACAAAUAGUAUGUGUAUUAUGUUCUGUUUCUUAGCUUUUCUGGGAGGCUUGAGGAGUCAAACAAGUGACAAAAACUUAUUAAAAUUAAUUGAUCUGAAAAAGAAAGUGCAGAGGGAAGGUAUAUUCUCCCUUCUCGCUCACAAUAUUGUUGCCAUGGUUCACAUGUCCUUUUAUAUAUAUAUAUAUAUAUAUAUAUAUAUAUAUAUAUAUAUAUAUAUAUAUAUAUAUAAUUUUGAUCUCUAUUUUAUUUAUGCCCAGUUUACACAGUAACUAAACUACUGAUUUUCCAGUUGUUGCUAAACUUUAACUCCCAUGAUAUGCAGCCAAUCUUUGGCUAAACGGUGAGAAUUGCCUGUUGGCUUAAACAUAAUAUACUAGAUAUGUUAAUCUCCUUUAUGAUUUUUCAUUUAACUGGGAAGUGACCAGAACAUUUUUUAAAGUUUAGGCUAAAAAAGUGUAGAUGGUCAAAAAUAGUGAAUUUGAGACUAUUUAUUUUCCUGAUUUUUGGCUCGUAUGUGAGGUUCUCUACUCAACAGCCAGUUUAGUUAAUAACUCUGAUGUAUUUUGUUAGUUGCAAGUAAUUUGUGAUAAUAUGUAUGUCUGUUUUGUCUAUUGUAGCAUAUGGCAAAGUGUUCCUGGUACGGAAAAUAAGUGGCCAUGACUCUGGGAAGCUUUACGCAAUGAAAGUGUUAAAGAAGGCGACCAUCAUUCAGAAAGCCAAGACAGCAGAACACACGAGGACAGAAAGACAAGUCCUGGAGCAUAUUAGGCAAUCUCCGUUCCUAGUCACACUUCAUUACGCCUUCCAGACAGACACCAAACUUCACCUCAUUCUGGGUAUAGUAUGGUUCUAUAAAAUGAUAUAUAUUUUAACAUUUUCUGUAUCUAUGCAAAGAAUGCCUCAUUUACCCUCAAACCUAUUCUGGGUCCUCUAUGUCCUAUGCCACAUGCAGUCUUGUUAAAAGACCCAGACGAGUAUCCCUUGCUUUAGCAACAGUUACACUGUGCCCCUCACCCCAACGUUGAGAAAUGGAAAAUACAUCAAGCUAUAUUAUUAUUAUUAUUAUUGCGAUUUAUAUAGCGCCAACAGAUUCCGUAGCGCUUUACAAUAUAAUUAGAGGGGGGAUUUAACUAUAAAUAGGACAAAUACAAGAAAACUUACAAAAACAACAGGUUGAAGAGGACCCUGCUCAAACGAGCUUACAGUCUGUAGGAGGUGGGGUAUAAAACACAUUAGGAAAGGAAAUAGCAGUCAAAUUAGGUAUAUAACUGUGUUUAGUGAACAACCCACUGGACAAGCACAGUGUUAUUUACUUGAAAAUUGUUGAUAACUCAAAGUGAAUUUCAGGUUUAAGUCCAAAGUAGCAACUUUGAAAAAUUCUUCAACUCUGCUAUGCAUUUAGCCAUUACUUUAGCCUUAAAUUGUAAAUUUGCUUUCAGCUCCUGUUAAUUCUCACUUUAGUACAUAAGCUAAGUGUCCACAUGUUUUGCACUCUUAAAUUGUUUGUCAUUGGGUUAAUUCGUAACUGAGCUGCAGUUUUUGUUUUGUUUAGAAAAAAUUCAAAUUUCCUCCUACAAUAGAAAUGACCGCUUAUUGCUCGUCCACACCCUGCCAGCCUGAACUGAUGUGUAUGUUGAAACUUGGGGUGUGAGUGUAAAGGGGCAGGCCUCACUGUAAUGACUGUAAUUUGAGCAUCCCAAAGCCUUUUAUUGCUUCCUUUUUUUAAGGAGAAUUAGAAGUUACACACGCAACUGCAAUCGUUUGGUUUGUGUGGUUUACUGCUUUUCUUCAGGUGGGACUGUCCUUUUUAAAUUUUCACCUCAUCAGAUUUAAAAUAUAGAAUACAAACUUCCACCUUUUCACCCGUGUUUAGUGGAAAUUAUUAUUAUUAUUUUAUUAUUUAUAUAGCGCCAACAAAUUCCGUAGCGCUGAAAUGGCAACUAAUUUCAACUUAACUUUGGAUAUACAGCUUACCUCUGGUUACCUCCCAAUAUAGUAAUCAAUCACAGGAUACAAACAUAAUUCAAAACUCUGGAAUCCAGCUAAUACCACUAAAAUGAAUAAAUAAAGCAUAACAUUGGUGCAAUACUGUUUUCACAUCUGAUCGCAAGACACUUUUUGGUUGCACUCACAAAUUAGAUUUAAUAAGAGCCUUCAAGGUGCCUCUGCUGCUGGUUAUGGGGGGGUUAUAACCCCCUUCUGAUGAUGGUCCCAAUAAGGAAUCCUGGAACUUCAGAGAUGUAGAGAAAGUACAAAAUUUGCUGUAUUAACAUAUAUAGUAAAAACAAACAAACAAUUAUUAUAAAACAAAAGCAAAAAAACGUCCUAUUCAAUGUUUCAACCUCCAUGGAGGACUUCCUCAGUGACCAAUAAAUAACAUCAAUACAAUAAUAUAGAAAAUGCCUUAUACAGAUAUAAAAUAUACUGUUUUAUUGACACUUCUUCCCAUGAUUUCCAAAGAUCAUAAAAAAACACUCCUGUUUGGAGGGGGGAAAAUAGUAACAGAAACUCCCCUUCUGUGUCAAGCUCUCCCCCAAUUCUCCUUUGUUGACGUUACUGCCCCUAACUCUUGUUCUGGGGUGGCUAAUGCUGCCCUAAUGAUGCUGUAAGAGGUGGAGUAACACCGCUAGCAGCAGAAGGAUUGAACUCCUUUAUGUGCAGUGUUUCAUAGCAAAAUGGUGCACAUGUAAAUCAGCAGUGGCCAAGGCCAGUAAGGUAUUGUCAUGCAUGAAAAAGGGCAUUCAUUCUAGGGACGAGAAUAUAAUUUUGCCUCUUUAUAAAUCGCUGGUAAGACCACAUAUUGAAUAUGCUGUGCAAUUUUGGGAACCUGUUCUAAAGAAGGAUAUUAUGGCACUAGAAAAAGUGCAGAGGCGGGGUACAAAAUUAAUAAAAGGAAUGGAACAUAUCAGCUAUGAAGAAAGGUUAACAAAUUUAAACCUAUUUAGUUUAGAAAAACGUCGCCUGAGAGGGGAUAUGAUAACAUUAUACAAAUAUAUUCAGGGGCCAAUACAAACCAUUGUGUGGAAAUCUAUUCACAAACUGGACUUUACAUAGGACACGAGGCCAUGCGUUUAGACUGGAAGAAAGAAGAUUUCGUCUAAGGCAAAGGAAAGGUUUUUCUUUUUUUACUGUAAGAACAAUCAGAAUGUGGAAUUCUCUGCCUGAAGAAGUGGUUUUAUCAGAGUCCAUACAGAUGUUCAAACAGCUACUAGAUUCAUACUUGCAAAAACAGAAUAUUCAAGGAUAUAAUCUUUCAAUGUAGGGUAAUAACUGCUUGAUCCAAGGAUAAAUCUGACUGCCAUUCUGGGGUCAAGAAGGAAUUUUUUUUCCUAGUUUGUUGCAAAAUUGUACUUCAAACUGUUUUUUUUUUUUUUGCCUUCUUUUGGAUCAACAGCAAAAAACAAAUGUGAGGAAGGCUGAAUUUGAUGGACGCAAGUUUAACAAUAGCGUGUUUGUUUCUAAAUCUUUCCUACCCCUUAACGCCAGAUUUUAGAUAGAACUUGGAUGCAUCUCAGCUAACUGCCAAAUUAAACCGGUCUGAAUGCCCACAUUUAAAAAUGUUUGUUUCUGUGUAGCCUGAUAACUCCUGACUGCACAUGAUGGACUGUGUUUUCAGUGAUUUCAGGUUGAGCUCCCAGUACUAACCCUAAAAAUGCCAUGUUCUGGCGCACAUCUUUCUGUCAUCUCAGAAAGAUAAUGAGUGAUUUCCAAUUACUGCUCGGUACUUACAUUCCAUGCAUGCUUUUUGGUGUCUUGGGCCUGUAAAGUCCUGCUGUGGAAAUGAAGUGCAGCUCAGAUUUUAACCAGAGGUCUGUAUUCGUAGCUUGUGGGUUUUUUUUUCCCUGCAGCAGUGAGGUGUGUGUGGAUAGCCAACAGACGCAACCAAUACAUUUGCAAACUACAUUACCUUGGUAUUGUCCUUAGGUUGGUUGAAUGUCAAGAAAAAUGUAGUUCACCUAUACCUGGGCUUUAUAAUUUGGAUAUUUGUGAUCUAACAGUGUACACCUUAUAGUGACUCCGUCCCUUUAAUGUCUUGCAGAUUAUAUCAAUGGAGGGGAACUGUUUACUCAUUUAUCCCAGCGAGAGAAAUUCACUGAGGAUGAAGUCCAGUUAUAUAUUGGAGAGAUUGUACUUGCGCUUGAUCACUUGCACAAGGUAAGUGUAGAAUGACUAUUCAAUGAAAGGUAACAUUCUUUGAAGUGAUUAGUUUUUUCAUUAACUCAUUUAUUAAGAUAAAAAUGGAGAGAGAGAGGAGAGUUUGUCGUUCAUUUGUGGAGUUUUAUUUAUUUAUUUUUCCUUUCUUUUCAUAGUUAGAGUUUCAAGAACCUUUCAUCUCAUACAGCAUGGUUUGAUUAAAUGUUAAAUGCAGACAUUCACAGUGCUGUGUGCCAUUAUGGUGAUUUUGUAAUGGUGCUCUAUUUAUUGGUGAGCAGUUCCUUUAGUGUGCUACAUUAUGGCGCACAUAGUUAUAAUGCAGGGAACAAACAUUUACCCCUUUCUAAAACUGUCCUUAGUGUAGAUGUACAUGGAUGUAUCUAUUUAAAUUGCCACUACCCAAGUAUAGUCCAUAAACGUAAAGGGACACUAUAGUCACCAGUGCAACUACAUGUAUUCCUGACCCUGUAGUGUUAACACGAACAUCUGGAUCCUCAUGCCUCCAUAAAUAUAGUAAAAAUCUUACUGUAUGCAAGCCAGAAGCUGUAAAUCUGCAUGCUGUUAGACUCAGGAAAAACAAGCAGUCUGCUGACAUGUGAUAGCCUGGUCCAAUCACAGUGCUUCCCCAUAGGAUUGGUUGAGACUGACAAGGAGGCAGAUCAGGGGCAGAGCCAGCAUGAUUCAAACACAGCCCUGGCCAAUCAGAAUCUCCUCAUAGAGAUGAAUUGAAUCAAUGAAUCUCUGUGAGGAAAGUUCAGUGUCUGAAUGCAGUGGGAGGAGAUACUGAAUCACAGGAUGCUCGUGCACAGCAGAUCUGAGUGGAUGGAGGCAUAUUAUGCCUCCUUCAACUCCGAAGUCCCUCUGGUUCACUCUGAGUGACUGCAACUGGAGGUGUUCCUAGCUUUCAAUGUAAACACUGUAUUUUCUCAGAAAAUACAGUGUUUACAUGAGAGAGGCUGCAGGGAGCUAUGGUUCUCACCUGAACAACCUCAUUAAGCUGAAGUUGUUCAUGUGACUAUAGUGUCCCUUUUAAUAUUGACGUGAAAUGCUGAGGGCCAUAACUCCCUUUGCUCUCAGAUUCAUUUGGCUGAGGAUGAUAAGGAUCACAAUCAACCUCAUUCUGUAUGCAGGUGGUUCCUGUCACUAUCAUUGCUAGUCCUCAAACAUAAUGAGAAUUUGAGUUGAUGGGGUUCCAAAACAACUACAUAGAUUGGUUGUUUGAUUUUUGUUUUUUAAUUUUAUUUUCCUUGACUCGUAAGAUUGCUUUCUUUACUGUUACCCAAUAGCUUUGUCUUUUGUCUGCAAUGCACAAAUUGCAUUUUAUUGAAUUUACUAGUGACCCUUCAGUGCCCAUUAAUCUGUCAGGGAUUUAAUUUGUAAUGGGUGCUAUAAAAGUAAUGAUUACACCUUUUAGUGCCAGAGAUGUGUGCAAGGCCUUGAUUUUGUGGCACAUGGCAUGAGACUGUUUUGCAAGUUCAUCAGCAUGGUCAUUAUAUUCUGUAUGUUCAGGCAUUUUCAUUUUGUUUUCCAGUUGGGGAUAAUCUACCGGGAUAUAAAGCUUGAAAAUAUUCUUUUAGAUUCCAGCGGCCAUGUGGUCCUAACAGACUUUGGGCUAAGUAAAGAGUUUCUGUUUGAAGAGGUAAGAGGAUCCCGUAUGUAACGGACCGUUUUGCACACAAGGGGUAAAAACCGUUUAGGCGAUCGGCCCCCUUUCCAGAGAUUCAGGCACAGCUACUGCAGAACACCAAAACUCACGAACUGGAUACAAAAUAGCACUCCAACUCCCGAACUGGAACCUCCCAAAUAGCUGCUAGCAGACGAACAGGAAAAGCAGACGAACAGCUUACACUCCUGGCAAUCAGUCUCUAACAGCAUACAGUGAAUCCCCCCAAGAACGAGACAAGGCUCCGUGUUGAGGGUCAAGCAGUGGUCUGAGGUGCUGGCACACCCAGCCUGGUUUUAUUACAGUGUUUCAAAUACAGGACCACCCACAGGGAGGGAUAAAACAACCAAUCAUAUCACAGUUACAUCCCACAUAUUCCCUCCCCUUAUCCUGAGAGGAAACUCAAUUAUACAAACAGUUAAAACAUACUUUCUACCCAACUUUCAUAACUCCAAAACCAUACAUCACAUUCACAUAAAAUUACAUAUUCUCAAUCAAUCCAUUCAGGGGAACAACAUAUUCAAAAAUGGCACAAAUCAGACAAGGGGUUCAAAAGUUAGUAAAAAGUCCUUUGUGACUAAAUGAAGCAUGGCUUUCUGGCCCAAACCAGUUUCAGAGUCUUCUAUCCUGGAGAUAAGUAAUUCAAUUAUCUCCCAGGACAGACACAAGACUCCAUUAAGCACAUGGUUGCAAAGAGACACAAAACACUUUAAAAUACAUAAAGUCACAUUUAUUACAUAAAACACAGACAUGUAACAUAUCCCCAGAUAGCUCAGGUCCGAGCGCACAUUAUUAAGUGAAUGGCGCUCAGACCACACGAAUACAGUUUAAUCGCCAUGGAGCUAAAGUCUUUACAGUCAGUUUCAUACGAAUGGGCUCCAUGGGAUUCCUAUCUGGGGUAUAACACAUUCAAACAAAUCUACUGAACCCCAGGCAGAAAAGCACGAAUACAGCUUUUCUGCAGGCAAAAAUAAAGUCUUUUAAAAGGGGGCCAUAGUCCAAAGGCAGCAGGCGAGCAACCAGGCUUCUCCAAUGCAAUGUGGCGAGAUUGGUCUCGUCACAUCUCUCCCCUUUUCCAAACAGACUAACAGGGUAUCUGACCUCCUGCCGGUCAGUGCCCUUGUUAGUCCAGCAGCCCACCCACAACAAAUAAUAAACAGCACAGCCCACCCACAAUAAAUGGUUACUACACCUGGGUAAAGGGGAAGCUUGUCCAUGUCCAGGUGCCUCACCACGGCUGUGCUGGGUACGGGUACGCUGACUUGGUGGGUUGCUGCGUGGGCAGAGACCAGCGGCACUCUGCCCUGUUGCCAGCGCUACUGGGAGGGUAGCCUGGUGGAAGCCUGGUUGUUGGAGGGGGAGACCGACUGUCUCCCCUUUAAAUACACCACUCUGCUGCUGCUGCUGGAGACCGACUGUCUCCCCUUUAGAUGCACAGUCCUGCUGCUGGAGACCGACCGUCUCCCCUUUAGCUGUACAGUCCUGCUGCUGGAGACCGACCGUCUCCCCUUUGGUUACCCAUCUCUGCUGCUGGAGGGGGAGACCGAUUGUCUCCCCUUUGGCUAAACAGCCCUGUCGCUGGGGGGCAGGACCGACCGUCCCUACCCCCUGUGCUGGCAGUGUAGAGACUACGGUCCCAUCUGCACGGUUGUGGGGCUUACUGUCUCCCCUUUGUACAUUAAGCUGCCGCUGGGGAGAGGGGGUAACAAGCUCCUCUCCCAUACAUACUUCCAGCUGUGGGGGAGGGAGACCGACUGUCUCUGCUCCCAAUACAGAGUCCUGCUGCUGGGGAAAGGAGACUGGGCUCUCUAUUCCCGGUAGGACACUCUGCCGCUGGGGAAUGGAGACGGGGCUCCCAAUUCCCAAUGAUCUGUGCUGCCGCUGGGGAAUGGAGACUGGGCUCCCAAUUCCCAAAGCAUCAUACUGCCGCUGGGGAAUGGAGACUGGGCUCCCAAUUCCCAAAACAUCACGCUGCCGCUGGGGAAUGGAGACUGGGCUCCCAAUUCCCAAAGCAUCAUACUGCCGCUGGGGAAUGGAGACUGGGCUCCCAAUUCCCAAAGUAUCAUACUGCCGCUGGGGAAUGGAGACUGGGCUCCCAAUUCCCAAAGCAUCAUUCUGCCGCUGGGGAAUGGAGGCUGGGCUCCCAAUUCCCAAAAAAUCACGCUGCCGCUGGGGAGGGAGGACACUGCUCUCCUCUCCCUGGACUUCCCACUGCCUUCCCGGCAUAUCACUUGGCUGCUGGGGGGCAGGAACAUCUACCUCUGCCCCCUGUAACUCGGCCUGCCGCUGGGGAGGGAGGACGCUGUUCUCCUCUCCCUGCACUUUACACUGCCUUCCCGGCAUAUCACUCUGCUGCUGGGGGGCAGGAACAACUACCUCUGCCCCCUGUAACUCAGCCUGCCGCUGGGGAAGGAGCUGCUCUCCUCUCCCUGCACUUUACACUGCCGCUGGGAAAUGGAGGCUGGGCUCCCAAUUCCCAAUACAUCACACGGCCGCUGGGGAAUGGAGGCUGGGCUCCCAAUUCCCUGCAGGACCGGUGGAGAGACCUCGGUCCCAUCUCUACCGGCCACCUGGGGUUCUUCCCAGAAAAUAUCCACAAUGUCUUCCCAGCUGAAUGGGUCUGGCUCUGGGUCUGUCAUGCUGCUCUCCUGCUGAGCCUUCUGGCUGUAUUGAAACAGCUGCUGGUAGCCCUGUUCUAGCUCCAUCUCCCGGGUUACCAGGUGGACCAGGUCUUGCUCAAUUUUGUGAGCGUCGUCCCAGUCAUACCUGCUCUCCCUCCACUCCCAGAGAUCACUGAACCAGGCUUGUGUAGGGCUCCCAAAUUCAGGAUCUGAAAAAGCCUCCCAUAACAAGCCAGGACCAUCAAACUCCUCUCCCUCUGGCUUGUCAUGCUCGGCUGUCCAGGGUAGGUACUGUGCCCCAUACCACCAGAGCGCCUGGUAGGCAUCUUCUAGCCACAACUCCUGCCAUACCAGGUGUUCCAAUUUCCUCACCCAUUCCUCCAGGG